AUGAGCCCGGAAAUAAUUGAAUAUUUAUUUAAAUGUGGACCAAUGCAGCCAUUCUCCCAUGAAUUGCCCGCUGAAUGUUUUCCCAAAAAUUCUCAAGGUAGAUCAUUUCAUGAUAGUUGGUUUUGGAAAAAACUACCCUGUGGAGAACUAGUUCGUCGAAAAUGGAUGUCUUAUUCUCGGAUCAAUAACCGAUUAUAUUGUGUUCAUUGUGCACUAUUUGGUAAAAAUAGGAAAUGUGAAUGGGUAUGCAAAGGGUUUUCGGAUUGGAAGAAUGGACCUGUCAAAAUAUGCAAACAUGAAGUUACGGAAAAUCAUACUUUUGCCUCUAUUAAAGCAAUAUAUAAAGAAGCAGCUUUUCCUCUUAUUCAAUCAAUGAAAGAAAAUGAAAUGGAAAAACUAGUAAUGAAUAAAGAAGUUAUCAAAAAUUUAAUAGACAUCACAAUAUAUUUAAGUAGACAUAGCUUACCAUUCAGAGGCCAUAGAGAAGGUUGGCAAGAUAAAAUCCGUGGAAACUUUAAAGAUUUAACUAUUUUAUUAGCAAAAUAUUCAUCGCCAUUAGCAUCACAUUUAACUGAAGUUCAAUUGAAAAGAAAACACACAUAUAAUUUUAUCACAUGGCAACGGCAAAACCAAUUAAUUCAAGCUAUAGCCACUCACAUACGUAAUUCAAUUAAAUAUGAGCUUAUUAAUGCCAAAUAUUUUGCCGUGUCUGUAGAUACUACAUUUGAUAUUUCUCGAAAGGAGCAGUUGUCAAUAGUAUUUCGUUACAUAAAUAAAAACACCGGUGAUAUCUGUGAAAGACUAAUAGCUCUCCGAGAAACUUUAUUAACUACUGGUCAACAUUUGUUUACAAUGUUCAACGAUAUAUGUGAAGAAAUGGAUAUAGAUUGGAAAAAAUAUCUAAUUGGCCAAUCAUACGAUGGUGCAGCUUCAAUGAGAGGUGCCUACAAUGGAUUGCAGGCCAUAAUGAAAGAACAUAACCCUUCCGCUACAUAUAAAUGUCUGAUGUUGGGCUCACAGAUUUAG